GACCUCGAUUCCGUCCCGUUACCAUGGGAAACUGGUAGUGGCCAAACAAACCCACAAACACAAAUUUUCACCUUCCGGACCGUGUUUCGGAUAGAACCAUGAACUCCCUAAUCGAGGACGAUAUAUACGGCGGAUUUUCCGGCGUUACCAAUAAACUGUUCAACUACGACAUCAAGGAGGACAAAGCGUUUCAAAAUGCCGUGAAAACCUCCAGCUACGGCAAGAAAACUUCGACACCGAAGUUCUUCUGGAAUGGGGACAAACUGGGUUCGGCGGACGCUUCGGCCACAAUGGCACGUCCUUCAACGGCCAUUCGUGCAGUGGGAUACUCUUCGCAGAGUAGCAAACUUUUUGAUCCACUGAAUCAGGCUGCGAAGAAGAUCGUCGUGAUGGAGAGCAAGAAAGAGGAAACUCCUGAACAGCGCUAUAAAAACAUGGAAACCAAGAUCUACGCACUGCUGGAAGAAUCGAUCAUUGCCAGUACUGGCCCCAAACCAGACAUGUUGGCCGGGCUAGCGAAAGCGAAGGAAGCCUCGGCAAUGGAUCGAACAUUGUUGCGUAUGCGAGAUCAAGAUGGUGGAACGUAUACUCACAAUUUUGACCUGACGUUCUUCGUCCUGUUCAACCUGGCCAACGUGUACGCCAAGAACGAGAUGUACAUCGAAGCCUUGAACACAUACACGUUGAUGACCAAGAAUAAAAUGUUUCCCAAUGUGAACCGUUUGAAGAUCAACAUGGGGAACAUCUACUUUCAUCUGGGUCUUUACACAAAAGCGAUCAAGAUGUAUCGGAUGGCGUUGGACCAGGUUCCCAGCAAUCAGAAAGAGCUCCGGCUGAAGAUCACCCAUAACAUUGGCAUACUGUUCAUUAAGAUGGGCCAGUACUCGGAUGCUGCGACUAGUUUUGAGUUUAUCAUGUCGGAGAAGGGCGAUCUGAAGACCGGACUGCACUUGAUUUUGUGUUACUACGCGCUCGGGGACGUAGAGAAGAUCAAGCACGCCUUCCAGUUAUUGCUGGACAUUCAGAUCGAUUACUUGGAAGAUGAUAAGAUUUUUCAAACGAAUUCCAAUCCAUCGUACGAGUACAUCAACGAAAUGAUCAAGUCCGAUGAGCUGCACGUCUACGAACAGAAGAUACGACACCUGGCGGAGAAGAACAUACUGAUUUCGGCCAAUCUGAUUUCGACUAUAAUCGACGAUUACUUCAACGAUGGCUACAGUUGGUGCGUGGAAACUAUCAAAAACUCCUACUUUUCCUCUCUGGCUGUAGAUUUGGAGCUGAAGAAGGCCGUCAUCUACCUGAAACAGGACGAUAUUCAGCAGGCGAUCGAAACGUUGAAGUACUUCGAAAAGAAAGAAUCCAAUAUUGCCAUCAAUGCUGCGAUCAAUCUCAGCUUCAUUCACAUUCUGAAAAAGGACAUCGCCACGGCCGAAACCUACGCUGAAACAGCCAAAAAAAUCGACAGCUACUGCCCGGCUGCAUUCAUCAACAGCGGAGUCUGUAACUUGCUCAAAAACGAUCUGGAAACGGCAAAGCUUAUGUUUUUCAACGCCCUGGACAUUGACUCGACUUCGUUCGAGGCACUGUACAACAUUGGAUUGAUCUUCAAAAAGCUUGGUGAUCAUAACAACUCGCUGCUCUACUUCCGCAAGAUCAUAUCCAACCUGGGUCACGAGCAACAUCCGGAGGUUCUCUACCAAAUCGCGAGCCUGUACGAUCUGCUGGGUGACGUUGGAACGGCCUUAGAAUACCACUUGCAGCUGUUGAGCCUGGUUCAACAGGACAACAAGAUCAUCCAGAAGAUUGGCGAACUCUACGAGACGGAUGGCGAAAGACAGCAAGCCUAUCACUAUCACCACGAAUCCUAUCGCAUUUUCCCCAUCGAGUCCAGCGUGAUCAACUGGUUGUGUUCGCACUACAUCGAGCUUCAGGUGGUCGAGAAAGCAAUCGGGUUCUACGAGAAGGCCGUCCUUAAGAACCCACAGGAUCCCUAUUAUCUCCUACGGAUCGCAGGCUGCUACCGCCGUAUCGGCAAUCAGCAAAAGUCACUGAACCUAUUCAAGAUGAUCCACGAAAUUUACCCGGAAAACGUGGACUGCUUGCGGGCGUUGAUCCAUCUGACCCAGACCCAGGGCAACAACGAACUGUGCGAGCGGUACAUGAGUGAACUGCAGAAGUUGGAGAAACAGAAAGAAGUUCGCCAACGGAUCAACACCAGUAGACCGCCAACCACGGCGAGCAGUUCGCGAAUCUCCAGCGGUGAGCACAGUGCUCGAUCGGGUGCGGGUGGCGGAGGAUCGGACAGCUAUCAACCGCCGGGUACUGCAUCAGGGGGGAACAAGAGUUCCGACGUAUCACCAGAUUACAACGCAAGUGCGUACGGCUAUGCGGAUCCUUUGGGACCUCCCCAAGAAAGACCACGCACCGGAGUCCGCAAAAAUCUUACGCUGGACGAUGAUUCCGAUGAGGAUAUAAAUCCGUACGAUUUGUUGCCGGUUUAAGUGUUUAAGUACUGUGAGAGCCUUCGAUCAUUUUUAAAAUAGUGGUUUUCUUCACAAUGAUUUACCGAGAAUAUACGAUCAAUACGA